CAUGAGACAAGUUUUGGUUGCGUUCGAAGAAGCAAACAGAAUCGUUUUUCGGGUUUAUUUUAACUAUUUACGAACUCUAAAAUAACCGAAAAUAAAGGAAAUAAUCUAUCUGUCAACAGGAAAAUUUUAAUUCAUCAUGGAAUUGAUAUAUUCAAUGAGGCGAAAGCCGCUAAAAUGUGAACCACCUCACUUCGAAAGUCCCACAAGCCCAGAAGUGGUUCGCCCGAUUUGCACCAUAUCUUCGUGUAAUAUCAUCGCGUUUUCGUCCCCAACGGAGUUGUCUGACGUGGAUGGAGACACCUGGGGUGGGCAUGUGUACGUGUGUGACCUGGACACGCCGUGGGACAGCCACAAAGUCACUAGUACUGCACAUCCUGUUUCCGCCCUGGAGUGGGACAAUGAAGGCAAGCACCUCCUCGUGGGCACCACCUCGGGCGAGGUGUCAGUGUUCGGGCAGAAGGACUACCUUCUGAAUGAGUGGACCUGCCUCUAUAGUGCCAGCUUUCCAGGCGAGCACAUCGUGAAGGCGGCGUUCUUCCACAACGGGCGGCGCGUGGUGGCUUGCGAGAAGAAGCCAGACGCGCCUAUCACGGACAGAUUCCAAGUGCUUCGGUCAACUCCCACGCUUAAGGGAUUCGGAGGAGUGGCGUGCGAAGGCGCCGCCAUAAUCACAGCGACGGGCCUGCUGUGCGCGCUCACUCCGCCUUCCGACGGCUCGCGCGCGCUCGUGGCCGCCGAGUCGCUGCGGGCCGCGCGGGAGCACAUCGCGGCGGCCAGUGUCGCGCACAAGACGACGGGCCUGCUGUGCGCGCUCGUGGCCGCCGAGUCGCUGCGGGCCGCGCGCGAGCACAUCGCGGCCGCCAGUGUCGCGCACAAGACGACGGGCCUGCUGUGCGCGCUCGUGGCCGCCGAGUCGCUGCGGGCCGCGCGCGAGCACAUCGCGGCCGCCAGUGUCGCGCACAAGACGACGGGCCUGCUGUGCGCGCUCGUGGCCGCCGAGUCGCUGCGGGCCGCGCGCGAGCACAUCGCGGCCGCCAGUGUCGCGCACAAGACGACGGGCCUGCUGUGCGCGCUCGUGGCCGCCGAGUCGCUGCGGGCCGCGCGCGAGCACAUCGCGGCCGCCAGUGUCGCGCACAAGACGACGGGCCUGCUGUGCGCGCUCGUGGCCGCCGAGUCGCUGCGGGCCGCGCGCGAGCACAUCGCGGCCGCCAGUGUCGCGCACAAGACGACGGGCCUGCUGUGCGCGCUCGUGGCCGCCGAGUCGCUGCGGGCCGCGCGCGAGCACAUCGCGGCCGCCAGUGUCGCGCACAAGACGACGGGCCUGCUGUGCGCGCUCGUGGCCGCCGAGUCGCUGCGGGCCGCGCGCGAGCACAUCGCGGCCGCCAGUGUCGCGCACAAGACGACGGGCCUGCUGUGCGCGCUCGUGGCCGCCGAGUCGCUGCGGGCCGCGCGCGAGCACAUCGCGGCCGCCAGUGUCGCGCACAAGACGACGGGCCUGCUGUGCGCGCUCGUGGCCGCCGAGUCGCUGCGGGCCGCGCGCGAGCACAUCGCGGCCGCCAGUGUCGCGCACAAGACCACGGGCCUGCUGUGCGCGCUCACAUCGCGGCCGCCAGUGUCGCGCACAAGAGUAUGGCAACAAACAGCAAUCUGGCCUAUCGAGGGCGGCUCAACCGCGGUGCACGCGGCGAGCUCCCGGCUGGCGCUGGCGCCGCCACACGCCGUGCUCGCCACGCCCGACGCACUGCAUCUGCUGCACAGGGAUACACACCACUACGCGGCGAGCUCCCGGCUGGCGCUGGCGCCGCCACACGCCGUGCUCGCCACGCCCGACGCACUGCAUCUGCUGCACAGGGAUACACACCACUACGUGAGUGACGGACGCACAGUGCCCGGCAGGCGGCGAGCUCCCGGCUGGCGCUGGCGCCGCCACACGCCGUGCUCGCCACGCCCGACGCACUGCAUCUGCUGCACAGGGAUACACACCACUACUGCCCGGCAGAUGGCGAGCUCCCGGCUGGCGCUGGCGCCGCCACACGCCGUGCUCGCCACGCCCGACGCACUGCAUCUGCUGCACAGGGACACGCACCACUAUAUGGCGAGCUCCCGGCUGGCGCUGGCGCCGCCACACGCCGUGCUCGCCACGCCCGACGCACUGCAUCUGCUGCACAGGGACACGCACCACUAUAUUUGCUCCCGUAACGUGAUCUCCCGUACGGGCGCAGUCGAAGUGCCGGCGGGCGCAGGAACGCCGCCCAAAAAGCCCAAAUAUGGCCCCGGGGCGGUGCCGAGCGGUUCACCAUGCGCUCAGCUCUCGUGGGUGGAGAUAUCGCAGCUGGGCGGUGUGUGCGUGUGUAUCGACAUGCACGCUUGUUUACACGUGCUCCGUCUGCCGCUGUGGCCCGAUAUACAGAGCCCGCUUGCGCAAGCGUCACUGGCAGUGAAUACUCUAGAGUGGGCGCUGUUAGCUGGUUGUGACGCGCUCGAUGCCUUACUGGCGCUGCGACCCGCCGCCGUGCAACAUACAUACGACAGACUGACGGAGAGCUUCCAGCGGCAGCCGGCGGCGUUCCAGCAGUACUACUACCACGGCUGGCUCAAGCUCAGGAUGGCGCUGUGCAGGAUGUCCUCCGCGCUGUCCAACAGCGGCACCUGGCUGGCGUGCUGCGUCAUGCUGCACGCGGCCUGGGCCUGCGCCGGCGCCGCCUACCGCCCGCCCGACGACAAGCUGUGCGACGCGCACGACCAGGUAGCCUUGUGUGCUUGUGAUACGGUCGGUUGUGCGACGGAUGUCAGCAGCGCUGCCAACAGCGGCACCUGGCUGGCGUGCUGCGUCAUGCUGCACGCGGCCUGGGCCUGCGCCGGCGCCGCCUACCGCCCGCCCGACGACAAGCUGUGCGACGCGCACGACCAGGUAGCCUUGUGUGCUUGUGAUACGGUCGGUUGUGCGACGGAUGUCAGCAGCGCUGCCAACAGCGGCACCUGGCUGGCGUGCUGCGUCAUGCUGCACGCGGCCUGGGCCUGCGCCGGCGCCGCCUACCGCCCGCCCGACGACAAGCUGUGCGACGCGCACGACCAGGUAGCCUUGUGUGCUUGUGAUACGGUCGGUUGUGCGACGGAUGUCAGCAGCGCUGCCAACAGCGGCACCUGGCUGGCGUGCUGCGUCAUGCUGCACGCGGCCUGGGCCUGCGCCGGCGCCGCCUACCGCCCGCCCGACGACAAGCUGUGCGACGCGCACGACCAGGUAGCCUUGUGUGCUUGUGAUACGGUCGGUUGUGCGACGGAUGUCAGCAGCGCUGCCAACAGCGGCACCUGGCUGGCGUGCUGCGUCAUGCUGCACGCGGCCUGGGCCUGCGCCGGCGCCGCCUACCGCCCGCCCGACGACAAGCUGUGCGACGCGCACGACCAGGUAGCCUUGUGUGCUUGUGAUACGGUCGGUUGUGCGACGGAUGUCAGCAGCGCUGCCAACAGCGGCACCUGGCUGGCGUGCUGCGUCAUGCUGCACGCGGCCUGGGCCUGCGCCGGCGCCGCCUACCGCCCGCCCGACGACAAGCUGUGCGACGCGCACGACCAGGUAGCCUUGUGUGCUUGUGAUACGGUCGGUUGUGCGACGGAUGUCAGCAGCGCUGCCAACAGCGGCACCUGGCUGGCGUGCUGCGUCAUGCUGCACGCGGCCUGGGCCUGCGCCGGCGCCGCCUACCGCCCGCCCGACGACAAGCUGUGCGACGCGCACGACCAGACCCUCAUAGCGUUAGAAGCGAAGCCAGAAUCAAUGGGCGACGUGUCAGCGCUUCAAGCGCUCAGGCGGCCGCUGCAGCGAGCGCUGGACAUAGCGCUGACCGCGCUGCUUGCGCUCAACCAGCACCAGGGCGGCCCGCAGCACGGCUACGACAUCCUAAGCGACCCGACAGCAGUUUCCUUACUCCGCAAGCUGGUGGUGAUGGCACGGGCCAGCGGGCGAGGCGGCGACGCGCUCAGCCGGCCGCUGGCCCGCCUGCACGCCGCCGGGCCCAAGCACGACUUGCUGCAAGAGGAGUGGCUGAGCCUCAACGCGCAGAUGACGGCGCCGCGCGUGUGGGAGGCGCUCCCGAGGUGCAGUGUCUCCGCGCCGCACGAGAAACCCUACCCUUUAUACUUGGAGUACGGUGUAGAGCCUGAAGCGCUACGGUAUUCACCUGAGCCAAAUUUCACGUAUUGUGAAACGACACCAAAUCUCGUAGCUAUGGAUUCAAUAAGGUACAUGUACUUGGGCGGCGGCUGGCGGCCGGCGCGCUGGCGGCAGUGCGGGCGGUGCGGCGCGCGCGCGCUGCCCGCCGCGCAGCCCGCCAGGCACGCGCUGCAGCGGGCACACGACGCGCGCUUCUUGAAAGCUUGCAGAUGUGGAGGAAAAUGGUCGUUGUUUUCCAAUGUAUAAUGAAAAUCUCGGUUUAUUUAUACAACAAUAAAAAAUAUAAUUAAUGUUUUUAAUUUUUAAGGACAAAUGAUAUUUUGUAAAUAAAUUUUUAAUAUUACCAA